AUACAGACACAUGUAUACACACACAGGCACACGUACAUACAGACACAUGUACGUACAUACACAAACACACACCUACAUACACAUAUAUGUACAGAUACACACAUGUACAUACACACACACACACACACACACCCCCAUAAAAAGUUGCAGUACUUCGUUGUUCACUCACAGAUCUGGGUACUGCACUGUAAGGGGAAGCAGAGAGCACAGCACACAAUGCUUGCUUUGCUUUCACUGCGCUCAGCUAUUGAGCGGUCUGACGGCUCCCAGUCAGUACCAAUGACAGAUCCGGCCUCAGCUCCGAGCAUGCUCAGCAAGACGGCCCUGGGGUACAUACUCGCCCCCACCAUAAUUUCCAGGCAGGCGAGUGGAAAUUUCAAGCCCUGCUCUAGG